CUUGGUUUGGUUUUGUGGAUCAAAAAAAUGGCGGCAUUGAGACAAGUUCAAUUGCAGCUGCAGGACGACGCGCUUGGUUCGCGUGAGGGCAUCGAGGCGGGCGUCGCUGCACUCCAGCGCAAGAUGGAUGAAGUCAAGGGGCAAGUGUACGAGACAGUGAACAAGCAUUACCGCGAGUUUGUCCAGGCGUUCGACUAUGCGCUUGAUCUCAACGGCGAGGUCGCUGGUCUGGCGCAACAGCUGCAAGCGGUCAACAACCUUGCCAACGAUGCCAGUGUUGGAGUUUUGAACAAGCUGCACACUGCUACAGAACGGCAUGUGGCUCUCACGCGCAAGCUCAAGGACGCAGACUGCAUCAUCAGCGUGUUGGAACGACUCUGUCGCAUUCACGAUGAUUUGACCGGCAUGGAUGGUCUCAUGGAGCGCUCGCUGUUUCCUCAGGCUGCUCUUUCCGUUCACCGUAUCAAUGCCCUGCUCAGCGAGCUCAAUCCAGAAGACCAGUUUGGCUGCGACGCAAAGAUUUUUGCAGUCAUUCGCGCCGAGUCGCGCCGAAAGCGGACGGCCGUCAAAAGCCAUCUCGAAACGCUGUGGUCAACAUCUGUGCGCUUGGCAACCGCCCACCACGCGGAAGGCGCGAGCGAGCUGGUGGUCGUGCUGACCGACAACAACAAGCCCGUCCACUUGCAACCCGCGCUGCAAGCCAUGCACAGCCUGGCGAUGCUGGAGUCCAAAAUGGACGUGUUCUGCAAGGCACUGAUGCAGCAGUUCAUUUCUCCGCUUCUGGCCAACGACACCCCUCUGGCUCCAACCGUCACAAAGUUCAAGGGCGUUGUCAGCCUUACGCUGAUGGCGCCUCGCGACGAUGUCCCUUCCCCAGCUGCCGCAGAUGUCAGCGGGCGUCUCUCGGUGACGCAGCUCCGGUUGAUCCUCGAAAACGUCGCAACUGUGAUCGAGUUUGUAAACACGCACGCCUUCCCGAAAAAGUCGGCAGUACUCGCACAGGACAACGGGCAGGAUGAAAACGCCCCUGCGUCGAGAAGGCGCGAUCUUGUGGCCGAAGAGCUCGAUGCGGCCGACCUGGCAGACCUGGCGCUGCUUUUUGGCGCCCAUCUUUGGCCUGUCUUGCAUCAAGCAAUCAUCAACGAGCUGCUUUCCGCUGCCAUCCCCAAGCGUAGCGAUGAGACUGAGGUGUUUGCAGCUGUCAGCCGCCUGGCCCACGAGUUUGAAGCCAAGAUGGUCGAUUUCGGUCUUUUGGAAGUCGGACAGCAUGAACUGCUGGUGUUUGCGCAAAACAUUCACAAUCACUUUGCGGCCAAGAAGCGACAAGAUGUGCUUGCUGCUGCUCGCUCGUGCAUGCUAUCCGAGGACCAUAACAGUGUUGUGUGUAAUAGCUCAGCGGAGCGUGGCGGUGCUGGUAGCGCAGCGUUCCCCACCACGGCGGUUAUGGCGGAUGCUGCCUUGCAGCCAGCCACCGACGGCAGCGAGCGGCCAGUCACGUUCGACUUUCCCGAUUGCCAAAUUACGCAGCGCACGCGUAAAAUUGUGGACAUGGCCUAUGACAUGUUGGAGGAGGUGACUACAUCAUCUCCCGCCAUCGCUGUACAUCUCUUUGUGGCUGUUCGCGACAUGUUUGACUUGUACCGCGCGGUGGUGCCGGUGCAUCAUGGUGCCACGUUUGAGCGCGUCCCCAUGCUUGGCAUGCUCUUCCACAACGACUGCAUGUUUAUCGCCCAUCAUUUGAUCACCCUCGGCAUUCAGUUCAAGUCUCGGCUUCCUCCGCCCAUGAAUGCCACCGCCACAUUUGUCGAUAUGGUGGUGCCAUUCCGCCAGCUGGGAGAGCGCUUCUUUGUGCAUCAGAUGGAUUUGCAACGAGACUUGCUGAUUGAAGCCAUCGUCAGUGCGAACGGAUUCAAGCAAACGCACCUUCCUGAGAAGAAGGCCGUCGUUGAAAAGGCCAUCAAGCAAGUCCUGCUGCAGCUCACCCAUCUCUCCAAGGUUUGGAAGAACGUCCUUCCCUUGACGCUCUUCAAUCAGACGAUGGCACACCUCAUCGAGGCCGCAAUGGGCAAGAUUAUCUCCGACAUUCUCGCUAUCAGUGACAUCGGGGAAGAUGAAACCCACGAACUGGUCGGAAUCAUUUCGCUCGUUGUUCAGCGCGCUGAAACGCUUCUUGUUUUGGAUGCGGCUGUACCUGCUCGGGCAUCGACUCUGGUCGCACGAACCAGUGCACCCAAAACUAAUCCGGCCAUUCGAUCGCUCGUUCCGAGCUGGAGCAAGUUUGUUCAACUCGGGGAGAUUCUGAACAUGUCUUUGGCGGAGAUUACUGAGCGAUGGAUUGCAGGAACAGCUGCAUCAGCGCCUGGCUCUGUCAAUGCCGCCGCGGGCUGGCUGUUCCAGCCGCAGGAGCUCGCACAUUUGAUUCGAGCGCUCUUUUCAGACACUCCGCUGCGCCACAAAACCUUGGCCUUGUUCAAGUAAACCGACUCGUCCCGGUCGGAGCGAUGCAUGUGCAAAACUGUGUUGUUAAUGUUUCGGUUGUGAUCAUGAAAAUUCCAAGUAAAAUAGUUGAGAAUGAA